UUUUGUCUCUCCAUCUCCACUCCUCUUCUGUUCCGCAGGGUCUGUUCCGUAACUACGGCGACAUGUUUCUGCCGCUGCUGAAGCCACACAUGGAGCGCCUUGCGAACGAUUCCCACGAGAGCACGCAGCGCUGCGUAGCGGAGAUCAUUGCAGGCCUGGUCAGGGGCAGCAAGCACUGGAACUAUAAGAAGUUGCAGGCCCUUUGGGAGUUCCUGAUCCCCCUCAUGCGCACUGCUCUGUCCCGCAUCACAGUAGAAACCUACACUGACUGGGGCACCUGUGUGGCCACUGCCUGUGAGAGCAGAGACCCGCGUAAGCUCCACUGGCUCCUGGAGAUGCUGAUGGAGUCCCCUCUGAGUGGAGAGGGAGGCUCCUUCGUAGAUGCCUGCCACCUGUACGUGCUGCAGGGCGGCCUGGCUCAGCAGGAGUGGAGGGUCCCGGAGCUGCUACACCGACUGCUUGAGUACCUGGAGCCCAAACUCACGGCCGUCUACAAGAAUGUACGAGAGCGCAUUGGGAGCGUGCUGACGUACAUCUUCAUGAUCGACGUGGCGCUGCCCCAGACACAGACCACCACGUCUCCCAGCAUCCGGGCCUUCACGGAGCGCGUGCUGCUGCAGCUGAAGCCGCUGCUGGAGGGCGACGAGGAGAUCCAGAACCACGUGAUUGAGGAGAACGGCGUCGGGGAGCAGGACGAGAGGACGCAGGCCAUCAAGCUGCUCAAAACAGUGUUAAAGUGGCAGAUGGCCAGCGCUGGACGGACAUUCACCACACCAGUGCCUCAGCAGCUGCAGCUCCUACCUCUGCUCUUCAAGAUCGCUCCUGUGGAGAACGAUGACAGUUAUGAUGAGCUGAAGAGAGAUGCUAAGACCUGCCUGUCCCUGAUGUCCCAGGGCCUCCUCUACCCCGAGCAGAUCCCUCUGGUGCUCGCCGCACUCAAAGAGAUUGCUAAGAGCAGCUCGUGGCACGCGCGCUUCUCGGUGCUGACCUACCUGCAGAUCAUGGUGUUCUACAACCUCUUCAGCCUGCUGGACAAUCCGGAGGCCGUCAGGGACGUCAGGGGCCUCGUCGUCAUGCUGCUGGAGGACGAACAGCUCGAGGUUCGUGAGAUGGCGGCCACCACCCUGAGUGGCUUCCUGCAGUGUGGCUUCCUCUGUAUGGACGACAGCAUGCAGAGCCACUUUGAGGCCCUCUGCAAGACGCGCCUCCCCAAGAAGAGGAAGCGCGAGCUCACCUCCGUGGUCGACACCAUCCCCUCAGUCGAUCUGGUGCGGCGUCAUGCUGGAGUGCUGGGGCUCAGUGCCUGCAUCCUGUCCAGCCCGUAUGACGUGCCCACCUGGAUGCCCCAGCUCCUCAUGGACCUGAGUGCCCAUCUCAACGACACACAGCCCAUUGAGAUGACCGUGAAGAAGACGCUCUCCAACUUUCGCCGCACUCACCAUGACAACUGGCUGGAGCAUAAGCAACAGUUCACUGACGACCAGCUAGUGGUGCUCACAGACCUGCUGGUGUCCCCCUGUUAUUACGCCUGAACAGGGGACAACACCACGCUCUCCUCAAUGCUGCAAGAUGUAGUGUUCUAUUUUUUAAUUUAAUACAAAGUUUUUAUUUUCUUUAUAAAAUGUUAAUUAAAUUCUAUUAUGCAGAGGAAGGCGAGGGGGGCUGGGGGGGUAGUCGAGAGGCGACGGUUGUUCUCCUGUUGUUGAUGCUAACGGUAGACGGGGCCAACUGCCUGGCCUGACCUCACACUACACACACACACACCAGUCAGACCAUCUGAACCCAGACGGACCCAACCGUGCCCCAUCACGGACAGGACGACUGACAGACGGGGCAGGGAGGUCCGGGGGGGUCAACGACACCCUGUACCUACGUACUGUAAUGUAUGUAUAUUUAUAUAGGCUUUUUUUGUUUUUGGCACUUUUUACUAUACUUAAUAUUUAAGGUUGACCAGCGCAGGUGAUGGCCAGCCUGCAGUCUGUAAUAAUACUGUACAGUUAGGUUUUUUUGAUUUCAAGAGAGUGAAGUGACUGCGUGAGUGAAGGAGAGAAAUGAAAGUAAGAGAGCGAGCGAGAGAGAGAGAGCGAAAGAGUGUGGGUCUAAUCCUCCUCCCCCCACCACCCCCUGUCAUGGUCUCUUCCUCUCUUCUCCUUCGCUCAACCCGUCACAGGCAGAUAAGUGGUCCCAGUCCGAGUCCCAGUUGCGAAGGAUGGUAACACUUUAUUUUAGAGUCUGCAUGUUGGCCACUAACACAUGCCCAAUUAUUGCCUAUGGAAGUGAUUUGCUGAGGUGUUUAGGGUCUACUAGCUCCUAAUUUCGAUAAUUUCAAUAAUAAAGUCCUUCUCGACAAAGAACAAGAAAUUUGUGAAUGCACGCUUGACAAAUGAAUUAUUUUGCUUGAAAAUCUGUCUUACAAGUCACUUAUACGGUUAGGCAUGUAUUAGUGGCAAACAGGCUUAAAUGAUAGUGUUACCCCAAGGAUGCACUCGUGAGUACUGAGACUGGCAGCCUGUGGAUUGCAGAUUCACCCCCGUCAGCUGGGUGACAAUCAGAGCUCAGGAUACAUCAUAUACACAGGGACAGUCACAGGGCCUGCUGUAUGUGUGUGUGUCUGUUUGUGUGUGUGUGUGUAUGUUUGUCUGUCUGUCUGUUUAUAAGUGUAUGUAUGUCGCAUAUGUGUUAUCUAGUGUGACUGGUUGGAGAUGAUACAGUCACCAGUUUGUGCGUUUCAUGAAAGCUGUUGAACCGCUUAUGGUUCACGCGUGUGAGUUUGAGUGACGUGUUUUGUGUUAUGGGUAUGUAUUUGUAUGUAUGAAGUAUAGACUGUACAUGCAUUUAACUAUGCAUAAUCAUAUUACACACAUUCAUUUUUUUUUUCCUCCAAAAGAGAUGGGCACUGUUCCGGGCUGUCAGCCAUGUUUGUGUGUUGUGUGUGUGUGUGUGUGCGUGCGUGUGUGCGUUAUGAAUGAUGGGCAUGUGCAUGAUGCAUUGUGCGUGUGUGUCGUUGUGUGUAUGUGUAUGUGUGUCCAUGUUUGAAAUGUAUACAAUUCAUGAUUGAACACACACACACAGAUGUGUAUUUCGUCAAAGAUCCCCAUAGGCAUUCUCCCACAGUCAGUCCUUUGGGGAUUUAGCAUCUGUUGUUCCUCUUCAAUGGAGGGAAAUUAGUUUAAUUGCUGGUUUAGUCUUUGAGGUUCUGCCCUGCAGAACUGUAGACCUGUAUAGAUGUAUACAAGUGUAUAUGUCAAUGUGCAGAACCGCAUUCUCAGAACCACUGUGUUUAGCUUAGUGCCAAAUCUGCAGUCAUUUAAUUUUUUGUUGUCUUAUUUUAUUUUAAUUUUUUUUAGAUGUUUUGUCUGCUUGUUUCAAACUGCAGAAAAUAAAGUGAAUGAUUUGUUUAUAACCA